AUGUUUGGCUUCGACAUCGAAUUCCGCCGUCACCGGUGGGCCUUGAUCUACUGUUCCAUCUCCGCCAUCGGCGCCCUGGUAUUUGGCUAUGACAACACAUAUUACAGCGGGAUUCUAGGCAUGCAAGAAUUCAAGAAUGACUACGGCGACCAUUACGAGGAUGGGGCGAAAGCAUUGGCGACGAGCUUUACUUCGCUGACUACCUCAAGCAUCUACAUCGGAGAUAUGCUCGGUGCACUCAUUGCAGGGCCCCUCAAUGAUCGCUUUGGUCGGAAAACGGUCCUCUGGAUUGCUUCGGCGUUUGUGCUCGCAGGGGGUGUGACCCAGGUCGCGGACACGAACAUUGAGGGUGUUAUUGUACUUGGCCGCAUUCUGAUCGGGCUUGGAGUGGGCAACUUUACGGUUACGUCGCUACUCUAUAUCGGAGAAAUCGCACCAAUGGAGAUACGAAGUCCAGCACUGUACAUGUACCAAUUCCUGCAGUCCUGCUCGCAGCUCGUCGCUUCCGGCCUCACCCAAGGCACCAAUUCCAUCCACUCGUCUCUAUCUUACAAACUCCCAAUGGGCGGACUCGUCAUCCUGCCCCUCUUCAUGCUCUUCCUCUUACCCUUCAUCCCCGAAAGCCCAACCUGGUAUGUCUUCCACAACAGACUGGAGGACGCCCGACGCUCCCUCCUCAAAAUCAACCGCAACAACCGCACCUACGACCCCAGAGCCGAUCUAGCCUUCCUCACGCAAGCCCGACGCUACGAAGAAGCCCAAGGCGAAGAAUCUUCCUGGCUUUCCCUCCUCCUCGACCCCAUCGAACGGAAAAAGCUAAUAUGGGCCUCGGGCGGCAUGUACGCCCAACAAAUCUGCGGCAUCAUUUUCUUCUACAACUACGGCGUCGUGUUUGCUGAAGCUCUCGGCGUGUCCCAGCCCUUUACAAUCACCCUCAUCACCAUGAUCCUACAGAUCUUCGCUGUCGCCGUAUCCAUCCUCACAGGCAACCGUCUCCGCCGCCGCACCAACCUCCUCGCCAGCACCAGCCUCAUCCUGGUCGCCUUCAUUAUUAUCGGCGGCCUCGGCACCCAAUCCACUCUCACCACAGCAUCCAAAUACAUCAUUGUCGUCUUCUCCUACGUCGUCAUCUGUGCAUACAACUUCGGUCUCGGCCCACUCACCUACGCCGUGUCCCGCGAAAUAUCGGUCGGCGUGAACCAGAAUAAGAUCAUGUCGGUGUCCAUCGUGGCGCUGUAUUUCUUCCUUUGGGUGAUCUCCUUCACCGCGCCGUAUCUGUAUUAUGAUGCCGGUCUGGGUCCAAUGGUCGGGUUCGUGUAUGCGGGUACAACGCUGACGUCGCUGAUUUGGGUGUGGUUUUGUGUGGGUGAGACGCAGGGACGAACGAGGUUGGAGGUCGCUAUGUUUUUUACGGAGAGGGUACCGGCGCGGAGGUGGAGGACGCAUGUUUUCGCGGGGAGCGGAGGGGAUGAGAAGGACGAUGUGAGGGCGGAGCAUGUUGAAAAUAAGGCUUAG